AUGCUCUCAAAGAGUGAAGAUUACUCAACUAUUAAAAUGUGCGAAAUGCAGGAAAUGAAGGAAGAAAUUAAAGAAUUAAAAAUUAAUCUCUUGAGUACACAAAAUGAGUUAGAGAAUACGAUAAUAGAAAACAAUGAAUACAAAAGAGAAAUAAAUAAAUUAAAAAAGGAAAUUGAGGUUCUAAAGAAAAUCUGUCAAUCUCCAAUAAUUAAAAGCACGUUCAUCAAGACAUUUGCAUCUACGGAAGAAGUCCUAAAGCUAUGUCCCAAUUUAGAGGUAGACACACACGAUAAGAACAGUCAGAAUAUUUGUAAAGCUUCAUGGAAACUCAUCAAAGAUGUAACGGAAAGCGAACCCCCACAAAAUUACAUUACACAUAUGAAAUACGAAAAUAGUAUAAUAACAAAUGGGCCAAAAUAG